ACCCGGUCGAAGUUUGCAUGAACACGAGGGAAAUGGCGAACCACCUUCGUUUCGUUGCGCGAACAGUGAUGGUUAAGGAUGGAAACGUUGAUGCUGCUUAUAAAGUUCUCAAUAGGGUGUUAACAUUGGAUGGCAUCAUUGAGACGGUGAAAAGGAAACGCUACUAUGAGAAGCCCUGCAGACGCAGACAGAGAGAGAAUUAUGAGAACUGCAAGAGGAUCUACCAAAUGGAGAUGGCCCGCAAGAUUUCCUUCGUGUCCAGGACGAAUAGACAAGACCCAUGGCUUGGGUGUUAGUCAACAUGAAACAUGACUGAAGAUCUAAAAAUAAGAAACCAACUAUGUACUGUUGUGGGUGGGGGUGGGGGGUGGGGGUGAAGAGAGGAGAUCUGUGGACUGGUAUAUAAAAAAUAUAUUGGGCAACAUUCAGAUACUGGAAUUCUGUCCCUGUCAAUCAAUAUUUGAGCAAUUUUGUAGUAUUUUAUGCUUAUUUUGUUAUUGUUUGGAAUGUCAUCUUUUCAGACUUUCACACUAAGUGCAAUUGGCCACAUACAAUUAUGAAAAUCAUGACAUGGUCUCAAUAUAUAUCACUAUUAAAUAUCUCCAUAAUCUUACCAUGCAAAGAUAUUUGUAUUAGAACAAUUAAUUUUUCUUUUGUCAUUGUUUUUUGCACCAUGUAAAUUGAUCUUAACCUUUUCAUAGAGUGCUGAUCUUGCCUUGGUCACACAUUGCAUCAUCCAUGAUAGUCUUGAAAAGGCAUAUAACUACUGUUUGUGAAAUGAUUUGGUUCAGUAAAGAUGCCAGAGGUAAACAGUUGCA